GCGCCCGCCAUGGCCGACAAAAUGGACAUGUCUCUGGACGACAUCAUUAAACUGAACCGGAGCCAGCGCGGAGGCCGAGGUGGGGGACGGGGACGCGGCAGGGCCGGCUCCCAGGGCGGACGCGGCGGAGCUCAGGCCGCCGCGCGAGUGAGCCGAGGCGGCGGGCCCAUCCGGAACCGGGCGGCUAUUGCCCGCGGCGCAGCCGGCGGCGGCGGCAGAAACCGACCGGCGCCCUACAGUCGGCCGAAGCAGCUUCCGGACAAGUGGCAACAUGACCUCUUCGAUAGCGGCUUUGGAGGCGGUGCCGGUGUGGAGACUGGUGGGAAGCUGCUGGUGUCGAAUCUGGAUUUUGGAGUGUCGGACGCCGACAUUCAGGAGCUCUUUGCCGAGUUUGGAACCUUAAAAAAGGCUGCUGUUCACUACGAUCGCUCUGGCCGGAGUUUAGGAACAGCCGACGUGCACUUUGAACGGAAGGCCGAUGCUCUGAAAGCGAUGAAACAGUACAACGGUGUCCCUUUGGAUGGCCGCCCCAUGAACAUCCAACUGGUCACAUCACAGAUCGACACACAACGGAGACCUACACAGAGUAUAAACAGAGGCGGUAUGACCAGAAACCGUGGCUCUGGCGCGUUUGGUGGUGGCGGUGCCCGGAGAGGCAGCCGCGGAGGCAGCCGGGGACGAGGCAGAGGGAGCGGCAGAAGUUCAAAGCAGCAGCUCUCCGCAGAAGAAUUGGACGCCCAGUUGGAUGCUUAUAAUGCUCGGAUGGAUACUAGCUAG